AUGACGUCCAGUCAUAAAAUUUCCUUUUCUAUAAUUGACAUACUGGAUCCGAACAAAUUCAACAGCAAAAGGGUGAACGAACUUUCCAUCGUGAAGGAGAAGUUUCUUGUGCCAAAUGCAGAGAAAACAAGUUUGGAGUCGGACAGUGGUGCAGCGGGAGACUUCAGAGUUCAGCGCACAGAAGCAGGAGACGAGGCAGGAGAUGACCACUCUGCGCUCUCCCAGCACCCUGCGGUUGUCGGUGACCCCCUCCUGCUCUCCCCACCGCCCGACACAGAGCCCUGCCCCGCCGGGGAGCAGGACGACGGGGACCGGGAGUCAGCGGUGGCCCUGCAGGACCACUCGCCGCACAAGCGUCGCCGCCAGGACGCGGCCUGCGCCAAACCGCGGCGCGCCAGAACAGCGUUCACUUACGAACAACUGGUGGCUCUGGAAAACAAGUUCCGCGCAACUCGCUACUUGUCCGUGUGCGAGAGACUAAACCUGGCCCUGUCCUUAAGUUUGACCGAGACCCAGGUGAAAAUCUGGUUCCAGAACAGGAGGACCAAGUGGAAAAAGCAGAACCCCGGGGUGGACAGCACCUUGCAGCCCGGCUCCAACGCCCUGGUCAGCCCCAACCAGGCCACCUGUGGGUCGAGCUCCGCCAGCUUCCACCAAACUUUCUCCAACUUCAGCUCUGGGAAUGUGAUCUUCCACACGGCCGGUGGUGUUCCGCUUUCCACCACUGGAGGGCUCCUGCAUCCCUUCAUGUCCAAUGGAUUCGUCCAGCCGACCUAUUUCAAUCCUCAUCUAUGA